AUGGUAACGGCGCCGAAGUUCCCAGUGGUGAUCAAGAUCGGGCACGCGCACAGCGGCGUGGCCAAGGUGAAAGUGGACGCUUUGGCCGACUUCCAGGAUAUAGCUGGCGUUGUAGCCAUGUUAGGGACCUACUGCACCGUGGAGCCGUACAUCGAUGCUAAAUACGACAUCCACAUUCAGAAAAUUGGGACUAACUACAAGGCGUUCAUGCGCAAGUCUAUAUCUGGCAAUUGGAAAACUAAUCAAGGAUCAGCAAUGCUCGAGGCCAUAGGCAUGAAUGAUAGAUACAAAAUGUGGAUUGACGAGGUAAGUGAAAUAUUCGGUGGCCUAGAAGUAUGCGCUCUCGAGUUGGUGGUAGGCAAGGAUGGUCGCGAGCACAUCAUCGAGCUCAACGAUUCCGCCACUUCCUUUAUGGGAGACACGCAAGAAGAAGAUCGUCGUCACCUCGCAGAACUAGUCUUCCAACGUAUGCAGUCUGUGUGCCGUCCUGGCAUAACUAAGACGACUUCGCGAAGCUCUGUAUCUGGUAGCGGUGCAGCGUCUCCCGAAGAACGUUCAGCUCCCAUCGGCGGCCCUCCGAGCGCCCCCCCGCCCGCGCCUCUCGCGACUGCCGCCAGCAUUGACCGUCCCCUGCCUCCCAUACCAGCAGAGCCCACGCAACCACCACCGCCUCCAUUAACACGCCGUGAUUCUCAAGCCUCUCAAUCAUCCACUGUGUCAUCCACCUCGGCCGCUCCAAGCACGGCCAGCGCCGGGCAGCAGCCGCCCGCGGCCCCCACGGCCAGCACCAGCACGCGCGGUGGCUUCGCGAGGCAGGGCUCUCUGAGCGCCACCCUCACUGAAGACGCAGAGGACACUAUGAAGAAUCUGCGCAAAACAUUCGCAGGCAUUUUUGGAGACAUG